AUGGAACGAGAAACCCCCAGUAUCGUAUCACGGGCCCCUCAGGCAGGCCGAUUAGACUCUCCUAGGGAUGAUAGAACAUUUCGUUCUAUCUCUGAGCGACAUGACGACGCAGCCGAGUCUACUGGUGUCGAGAUAUCCUCGACAGUCUUGGGGCAGGAUAACAAAACUGGCCGGAUCCCUUUCUACACUGGCGAGUCUCCAGGAUAUACAUCCAUUCUCGAUGUCUUCACACAACCAAACCAGACUGUGCCAAGGCAUAUUUUGCUUUCACCGAAUAUAUCGGCUUCGCUAUCUACCCAGGAUCGUGAGUUCCUUCAAUACAAGGGUGUAUUCACCAUGCCACAGAAAAAUACCUUUACCGAACUUCUCCGCGCAUAUUUUCAUCAUAUACACCCUAUCCUCCCGAUAGUUGAUGUCAAAGUAUUCUUUAAUUGCAACCAAGGUGUUCAAACCAACGAGUGGAAUUUACUGUUACUAUGGAGCAUGUUCUUUGCGGCAACAAAUUUUGUUGGUGAGGAUAUUUGGUUGCUCGAAGGCUAUUCCUCCCGUAAGGAGAUGAAAAAGGCUAUGUAUUCUCGCGCGAAGUGCAUGUACGAUAAUGGCGGCGAGACGGACAGGGUAGUCCUUACACAAUCGGCCCUCCUCAUGGCAUUCUGGCACUCAAAAGAAGAUGGCCACGCACAACCAUGGUACUGGAUAGGGAUUGCGAUCAGCCUCUGUCAAGUUUUGGGUUUACACCGAGACCCGGAUUCAGCCAAACUUAAUUCGGCCUUUCCUAGUCGCCUGCGUCCUAUCUGGCGCCGUCUUUGGUGGAGUUGCUUCUUCCGAGACCGCUGGUUGAGUCUAACGUUAGGACGGCCCAUGAGGAUCAAUCUUGACGAUUGCGACCAGCCGAUGCCUUCAGCUGCUGAUUUGCUGGGUGAUGUCGCUGAACUACCAUCGUCAAUUACCAACGCUUAUAUCCCCAGUGACUUACCUGAGUUGGCUGAUUAUUGGAUCAUUCUGCUCAAAUUGAUGAGUACCAAGUUUUAUCUCUUCCUCGUGAUUCGGUUUGUUUCUUACGAUGACAGAGCUGCUUUGGUCACUUUCUACUCCCCUUACAUCACCAAGAUCCCGGAACACCUUCCACCUGCCCAUGUGAAGGCAUGGCAAAGUGAGAUACGAAGUCAGCUGGACACAGCGGCAUUGCAAUCCAACUCUAUUCUUAAUGACCUUGUACGAGAAAAACUUCUCGCCUUUGCCGGUCCGAUGACUCCUACUCUGUUAAUACCGGCUAUGCAUAUCCACCUUCAUAAUUGCAAAUCUACAGAUGCUCUUAUGCGUCGUGUAGGCUUUAACAAUUUAGAGCUAUGCAUGAUGGUCAUGGAAAGUUUUCAGGACACGUACUCAGCGGCCGCCUUGUACCGAGGCGUUUUCUUGGUCGCUAUAAACAAAAUACGCCACCACUUCUUGAUUGAGUCGAGCCCACAAAAUACGGAUGUAUCUGACCCAGCUACUUCACGCGUGGAACCCCCUGAAUCAUCAGCCAUACUUCCCACGGUCAGCGACGAUGCCCUCAACGCACUUUUGGAUGAUACAUCUUUCCUCGACUUUUGGGAUUCUUUCAACGUCACUUUCGAUUCUAAUUAUAUGUAA